AUGCUGCCAACUGCCGUUCUGCUCGUCUUGGCGGUGUCUGCGGUCGCUAGAGAUAACACCGCGUGUGACGGCUCGUGCGGGUUGCGGUUCAGGCAGAUCCAGCAAGGGGGCGUGCGAAUCAUCGGCGGGCAGGCCGCGGCGCUCGGGGCCUGGCCCUGGAUGGUCAGCCUGCAGAUCUUCACGCAGCACAACAGGCGGCGGUAUCACGUGUGCGGGGGCACCUUGCUCAACUCGCACUGGCUGCUCACCGCUGCUCACUGCUUCCGGAGCAACAACAAAGUUACCGACUGGAGGCUGAUUUUCGGAGCCAAGGAAGUCGUGUGGGGAAGCAAUAAGCCAGUGAAGCCGCCUCUGCAGGAGAGAUUCGCCGAGAAAAUCAUCAUUCACGAGGACUACUCCCCAGGCUCGGAGGCAAACGACAUCGCUCUCAUGAAGAUCACCCCUCCUGUCCUCUGUGGGCACUUCAUUGGACCCGGCUGCCUGCCCCAGUUUCGGGCAGGCCCACCCAGAAUUCCCCAGACAUGCUGGGUGGCUGGCUGGGGAUUCUUAAAAGACAAUGUCCCCAGGACAUCACCUACACUGCAGGAGGCACGUGUGGACAUCAUCGACCUCGACUUAUGUAACUCGACUGGGUGGUACAAUGGGCGCAUUCGUUCAACCAAUGUGUGCGCAGGGUAUCCUGAAGGCAAGAUUGACACCUGCCAGGGGGACAGCGGCGGGCCGCUCAUGUGCGAAGAGAGCGUGGGAAAGCGCUACGUGGUCGUGGGGAUCACAAGCUGGGGGGUAGGCUGUGCCCGAGCUAAGCGCCCUGGAGUCUACACGUCUACCUGGUCCUAUCUGAACUGGAUUGCCUCCAAGAUUGGUUCUAACGCUUUGCACAUGGUUCAGUUGCCCCCCCCUCCCCCUCCUCCUACUCCAGCACCUCCCGCUAAACCCGCCUCCACUCAGCCUUCUAUUCGCCCACCUUGGUACUGGUGGAGUGUACCAGUGCGUCGCCCAACUCCCUCCCAGAGCCCCGCUGCAGUGGCCCGACCCCAACCUGCAGGUCCACCGCCUCCGCCUCCCCCUCCCCCACCUCCCCCUCCCCCACCGCCCCCUCCCCCGCAGCCCCCCCCUCCCCCUCCCCCACCCCCACUGCCACCUUCCACUAAACCUCCCCGAGCACUUUCUUUUGCCAAGCGACUACAGCAGCUCAUAGAGGCCUUGAAGGGCAAGGCCUUUUUUGACAGAAAGGGCACAUAGGAAAUGGAGGCCACAGACAUCCCAGAGCAGCCUGCCUCCUUCUGAUCUGAGCCCCUUCUCAACGGACCCAGUGAACCCCUCGCUCCUGAGGAAAAAAAGAUGAAAUAGAUGAUUAUAAAUACAAAUAUAAAUAUAUGUACAUAAAGAGAUGCUUUCUGGACUUCUUCCUGUCUGCCCUCCCCAGCUCAAUCCCUCAUCUCAACUACCUUGCCUCCUCCGUUCACCGCCCGACAAGUUGGAAUUGCUUGUAUUGAUGAUGUCAGUUGUGGGUCUUUUUAAAUCUUGAUUUAAAAAACUAGAACAAGGUGACCUGGGGCUGUGGUCCAGGUAGUCAUUUGGCGCUUAGUGUCUCUGCAUAUUAAAUCAACGGGCCUCCCAGCUCCCGUGAGGUGAGCUGACUAGAAAUGAAGGGUGUGCAUCCCAGUCUGCUGGAAGCCAUG